UACAUGUUUUACCUCGCACAAACCCCAGCGCUAAACAUCAACACUCAAAUCUCUUGAGGCUUUAACUAUAACUAGUCGAAUUCUCACCAUAGCUCCGAUCCGGAAUACGAUUCGGACAUCAUAGUUCAUCGUGGACCAAGUUGAUAGACUGAUUUUGUCAUAAGCAAUAUCAGUCCCUAACCAUUAAGCUGGCUUUAAUGGCUCAACAACAAGACCCCAACCAAGGCUGGCCACGAUGGCUUCCCCAGCACUCGAACUCGGAUUAUCAGAUGGUUGAUACUGGCCUAAUACAGUACACCCCGACUCCAACGACGACGGCGGCCGUCCAUAGGAAUAUCAUGCCAACCCAGUUCAUAGCAGAUAAUACAUAUCACGCUAUAGCCCCUAUUCACAGUCCGCAAGCACCUCAGUAUUCGCCCAGUGGUCAGUUCAUGUUCAGUCAAUAUCCGCCUACGUCGCCUUCUCCCAUAGCAUCAUCUUUCAAGCAGUACCAGGACGAAUGUUCACCUUCGCGUGCGAUUGUAGCCAAUACGGACAUUGAAUAUCGAAAGGAACCUUACCAAACGCAUUCUCUGGAGCAGGACGCGAGACCAACGAUCAAGUACGAGCCGCAGGUAGCCAUCCUGCGAUCCCCUACUCCGGAUCCUAUUACGGUAAAGACAAUCACUCGGAACGUAGCUGAGAACGAGGCCAACGAGAUUAUUUUCAAUACCGAAGUCGAUACUUUGAUGAAAGCCAUUCAGUCAAAAGACCAGCCGGACAAGGUUCCUGACUUCGGCGCGGCCGCUUACCCUUCCCCGCCUCACAUGGAUGAAGAGAAGUUCAACCUGCGUAGGAAGUCGUGUACGCCAGAUGAGAAAAAUCAUGCUACUGCCCCGAGUGGAAAGGAGCGACAAAGAAAGUACGUGUGUGACAUCAAGGGUUGUGGAAAGCGAUGUUCGCAGAAGACACAGCUAGAGACUCAUAAGCGAGCUCAUACCGGGGAGAAGCCAUUCAUAUGUGAAGAAGAGGGAUGUGGCCAAAGAUUCACCCAGAGAGGCAACCUUAAGACCCAUUCACGUCGACACACUGGAGAGAAACCUUACCAAUGCGAUAUCUGCGGACAGCGUUUUGCUCAGCUUGGAAACGUGAAACCUCAUAAACUAACGCACUUCAAUACCAAACCAUUCCGCUGUAUUUUCUACAACUGCCAGAAGACAUUUGGUCAACGAGGAAACCUGAAGACGCACCACAACAAGUUUCACAAGGACGAUAUCAAGGAAUUGACAAUGAAGUUCAAGAGCUUAGCCCCCGGUGCCGAACUCCCCGAAGAAGACAGAAAGUUGUUCCAUCAUUUCGCUGAGCUGUACAAAAACAGCAACAAGGGCAUCAAAGGCCGGGGUUCUAAUCGUUCAGUUGCCUCCAAGUACGCAAGCGCCAGAAACCACGGCUCAUUGACACCGAGCGGUCCUCACCAAUAUCCAGCCCAAUCUUCGCUCCUCUCACACCAGAUAUAUCGCCUGCUUCCGCAACACGGUCUUCCUUGCCCUGAUAACUAUGGCAACAUCAACAUGUCCCGACACAACUCUCAGGGCAGCAUUGUUAUCCCUCGAGACCCUCACGCUUCUUACGGAUCGUAUGAUAUGGAUCAAUCAAGCAUCGCUUCCAGCGAAACUACAGACAACAGCACCGCCUCAAGCAGUCCAAACACAGUUUAUGAAGAGUAUGGCCGCACAUUUACUGCUCCGCACAGGAUGUACUAGAGUAUCUACCUACGUCCUAGGUAGGUAUCUACUCAAUGCGUACAACGGGAUACUGUGCUGCACGGACACGACAAAAGUACGCGGACAAUUACGACUAUAACGACCCAUAUACAUAUACGAACA